AUGAAUAACCUAUUCCAAAACUCGAAUAACGUCGGAGUUGCUGCGCAGCAAGCCGUGCUGCAGAACCGAGUUAAGGUCGGUGUCAAGGGCUGGCAAAACGCUACAAAGCAAGAUCUGGUAAGCUUUGUCAGCCGAAAAACAAGAAUCGGAAUACAGGAUUCGUAUGUGGAAGGCAAUCUCGUGAUUGGGUUUGUCAACAGCCGUAAUGAGGCGAGUUCGCUCCUCAAUUGGAAUGGCGUGCGCUUUGCGGGAAAUGCACUGAAAUUUGAAAUUUUGGGCGACAAUGUCGGAUUAGGCGGAGCACCUGGUACUAAUAAUACUAUUGCUCUCCUCAAAGCAUUCCUCUACAAGCGCUACAACCCGCAGGCUAAAAUGCUAGACUUGGGGAACUUGCGCAACGAUCCUGACCUUACCGCUAACGGAUUAUUUUCCACCACAUCCACGCAGUCCAAGAUGUUUCCAGCCAUGAUGAAGUUGGCAUCCAAAGAAGACCAAAUGGUGGUGGAGAGCGUGAACUUGUCAAAUAACAAUUUGAAAGACCUCAACAUGAUUUCGUCGCUAGCGCAGACAUAUCCUAACCUGAAGAACUUAUGCCUAGCUAACAACCAGAUAUCAAGAUUUCGCGCCUUGGAGGUGUGGAAAAACAAGUUCAAAGAUCUUCGUGAGCUCCUAAUGAUGAAUAACCCUAUUACGACAGAACCCUUAUAUCGCUCAGAAAUUAUGCGUCUCUUCCCCAAGCUGAUCAUUCUUGACAGCGUGCUCUUGAGGGAUGAGAACAAACUGCAGCAAAUUUAUUCCUUGCCAAUGAAACUUCAGCAGUUUUUCUUUGAGACCAACGAGUUGGGACAAUCGUCAAUAGACUUCGUUUCAAACUUUCUCAAUCUUUGGGACACUAAUAGAACUCAAUUGAUGGCGCUGUACACGCCUCAAUCCCAGUUUUCUGUCUGCAUAGAUUCAUCAGUGCCAAGCUCUAGCGUACCCAAUUCGGAUCAAAACCCAACAUUCAGUUAUUAUCUGCCCUUGUCUCGGAACCUCACCAAAAUAUCUAGUGAUAAAACUAAGCAGCAAAGACUCGCAUUAGGCCAAGAAGCAAUUGAUAAGCUUUUUAGGUCGCUGCCUAAAACUAAACAUGCCUUGCAGGAACAACCUUUAAACUAUUCUCUGGAAGCGUUUUCCUAUCCACAAGUUAAUGGGUUCAUAAUUACGCUGCACGGCUUUUUUGAUGAAAGUGGUGCACCAGAAAUUGACGCUAAUAAAUCAACGCCUAACACUUCUGGGAAUAGAAACAGGCGUUUCAAUCACGGGCACGGCAGUUCCACCAAUAAGCUAACAAAAAAAUCAUUUGAUAGGACAUGGGUUAUUGUGCCUAACCCAGGGGGUGUGGUGGUAGCUUCUGAUAUGCUGACUAUUAGACCAUAUGCUGAUGGCUCGUGGCUACAGGCUCAGGCGCAACCACAAGCAGUGAGCCAACCUCCAAUCCAGUCGCAACAACAUCCCCAAUCUCAACCUCAAGUCCCGCUGCCCAACAACCCCCAGUCCCAGCUGCCAAAUGUUAUUCAACCCCAAAUUCCUGGUGUAGCACAAACGCCGGUCCCUAAUAUGCCGCUUCAAGGAUCCGUGGGCGUCCCUCUACUGCUUCCACCAGAGGUUCAGUCAAAGCUAAGCCCUGUACAGUUAGAGUUACUCAACAGACUUCACCAACAAACUAGGCUGAAUGCUGAAUACACGUACAUGCUGGCGGACCAAAGCGGGUGGAAUUUCGACGUUGCUUUAAAGGGUUUCCAGGACAGUGUAAAUAAUAUACCAAGAGAAGCUUUCAUCUGA